AGCCAAGACAGAACCCAUGAGUUAGCCAUGGCUGUAGCCAAGCCGCGCCCAACUGUGCGUAUGGAAGAUUCAAUGUUUGCCAUAACGGUUGCGAGAAACCUCACUCGUCUGAUCUUUCUCUAGUCUUAAUCUCGUCCCUAUCCAUCCUUCCUUCCUUUUUAUUUUUUGUUUUAAGUCGAGUGUUUCUUUAUAUCUCUCACUCUCCAUAAACAGAACGAAACAAAACAAAAACCUAAUCAGAUAACGUAACGAAACCCUCUUUCUAUAUCUCCCUGAUAUUUGCCUCUCUUCGUGUUCAACCAGGAUUGUAAUUGAAAUUAUUUUAUUUAUUUUUCCGGGGUGUUCACUGGUGUAGCAUUGAGUUGUUUUCAGAUGGAGGGAGCAUAUUCACUCUAAGUUAUUAGCCGGGGGAUAUUUUUGACAUAUUUUGUCAAUGGCCGCUGAUCAGAGGAGAAAGAGAGUUAAUGGUGCCACUGUGGCAGGUUGCAGUUCUCUGAAGCAAUAUAGAAUGAAGAAGAGAAAAUUGGAGUCACCACACAAGGGUCUAAACUCGAAAUCACAUAUAUCCCUUGAGUGGGACAGGAAUAAAGAAAAGGUUGUUGCCAAAAAGGAACAGAUUGGAAUAAGUAGAAGGUAUUUAAGGCCAUUUAUUGAUUCUGUUCCUGGUUCCCACAAGGCUUUGGCAGAUGUUUUUUCUAUUCCUCAAGAUAUUUUUGAGUUGGAGAAUUUGAGUGAGAUUCUCUCUUAUGAGGUUUGGCAGACUCAGCUAUCAGAAGAUGAGAGAAGCUUUCUUACGCAGUUUCUUCCUAGUGGACAAAAUGCCAAACUUGUUGUGCAAGCAUUACUUUCUGGGGAUAAUAUUCACUUUGGAAAUCCUUCUCUCAAAUGGGGCGCUUCAGUUUGUUCAGGUAAUCUUCAUCCUGAUGCAGUUCUUCACCACGAACGAUGUUUAAACACUGAUAAGAAAGCAUACUACUCUGUGUUGCAGAAAUAUCACAAUGAUAUUAUAGAGUAUUUGCAGAAGUUGAAGGAUAAAUGGGAAAGUUGCAAAGAUCCAGAAGAGGGGUUUUUUCAAAAGCUUGGAAGGUCAAGGAGAGAUGCUGAGAAAAGAUUUUUCUCAAAUGCUAGUGAAUCUAGAUUCCAUGAACUUGAGCAGGAUGCUACUGCAACAUCUGAAUCUUGUUCUUGGGUUGUGGAUGAGAAAGCAUGUAGUAGUGAUAAUCAGAACUGUUCAUGGAUGAAGGGUGGAGAAUUUCAAAAAAGGAUGCAUGGCAAAGGUUUCAAGAAGGACAGCUCUAGAAAUCCAUUGUUUGCUUCUGAUGAUGUUCAAAAUGUGGGAGCAAAACCAAAAAAAGGAGACAAGCUAAGCAAGCGCAAUAUCCACCGCAGUGAUGGUGCAAAGUAUAUGUCAUAUUUCAAGAUUAGCAAGAAGCAGCUUGAACUUAUUAAGAGUAUGAAGCAGUCUGGUAAAAGCAUUCAAUCUAAGUCUCUGAACCAGGUUUUAGGGAACCUUGAUGGUUUGCAUGUACAACCUUAUGAAGUGUUUGAAGAAGAAGAGAAGAAAAAGUUGCAUAAGCAUUGGUUGCAAUUGGCUAAUGAAGAUCUCCCUGCAUUUCAUGCUAGCUGGAAUGAAAGAAAGUUACAGAUGUGGGAAAUCACACAAUCCUUGGGGCAAGAGAUCAAAGACAGAUUAAAAUUUCUGAUCGAGGAUGAAGAAGAGAACACGGUUCAGGAUGAGGAAGAAGCAAAUGCUUUUGUGCAGGAUGAGGAUGAAGAGAACUUUGUUGUUCAGGACGAGGAAGAAGAAAACACUGUUGUUCAGGAUGAGGAAGAAGAAAACACUGUUGUUCAUGUUGAGGAAGAAGAGAAUCCUGUUGUUCAGGAUGAAUUGGGGGAAUACCAAGAUGCAUCUCCUGACCAGAAGGAUGAUGUAGCUGCAAACCACGAGUCAAACACAAAAGAUGACGGAGACUCCGGUCCAGUCUCCCCACAGGAUCAUUAUCCACGGCAAACCUCUUCCCCAAGUGGGAACCAUGAGUUCAAGCACAUGGAUGUGGAUCUUGAAAACAAUCACGUUACCACUAAAUCAGACAAUUCUUCUUCAGAUGUAUCUGGCCCCUUGGAAAAAGUGAACACUGCUGAUCAUAAUGUCAAUGGCAAAGCUCCUCUUCCUUCAGGUGGAGAAGUCUGGCCUCCCAUGAGCACACCCCGUUCUUAUUAUGAUUCUACUGCAACACAUCAGUUUCUUACUGGUGGGUUGCCAAUUACGAAUCCACAAAUUAAUGAAGACCAACAAACCCACUUAAUUCAUCUGGAGUCAGAUUUAAAGAGACACAUGAGGAAAGAUUUGCUACACAGACCAUCAGAUGAUGGUUCCUUAAAUUCUUAUCAAAACCAUGACCAAAAUGAGCUCCUGCAAUCUCUUAUCAAGGGCCAGGGGAUGCUAUCAUACCAACGAGAGCAGAAACAGGCAGGUAUGGAUUUCCGGCCAUCAAACAACUUUUUGAUGGCAGGUGAUGGCCGUUUUCCUGGGCUCUUCCAGGAGCAGCUGCAUACAUCGCUGCAACUUGAGCAGGGGCAGAAGAGACUGAAUGAUAUUUUCAUGCAACAAAAUAUAUCGGAGCACAUUUACCCUGAUAGGAGUAGAUACUUAAUCCCAAGGGUAGAAAGUUUGCAACCAGGAAACGUGCAGAAUUGGACUGUUAACCCUGCCCGCAUGUCAGAUUCUCUGGAAUCUCAUAUAAAUGGUGGAGAAUUGUUGAAUCAGAACUGGUUUUCUGGUGACCAUCAAGUUUGUGGCUGGACAGGGUCAGGUGGAUCUAGUUUUCAGAGCCAGAGCAUUGUUAAUGGAAACAACAGUGAUCAGAGUUUAUAUAGUGUUCUAACGAAUCGUGGCCAAUUACAUUCGGUUAAUCCUUAUGAUUCAAUAGGAUCAACAGAAUUCAUUUCUUCAAGGAAUUAUGGAUUGAUGGCUAGGGGUGCUCCUGGGAUUAGUAACACUUUACCACAUGCAGUGCAUCCGCUUGACUACUUGGGUGGGCGAGAUGCACCCACUUCUAUGAUGCUUGAUGAUAUGGGAUGGAUGAACUUGCCACAUCAGAAUCCUACUUUGCAUGAUCAGAUGGGGAAGCCGUACUUGAGGUCUUGGAAUCAGUAAGAAAGUAUUUCAUAAUGUUCUCGAUGAGGUUCAAAUUUUGAUCUGGGUUGGAAAACUGCUAAAAAGAAGUGCUGAAUCCUAGAUGUAUGUGGCAGGAGAUUGUUGCCUAUGACAUUCUUUGAAAAAGAGAAUUUUGAGGUUACUGCAGAUUUAUGGAAGCUGAUGGGUAUACAAACCCUGAGAUAGGUUUUUGUACAUACCUAUACAAGAGCCAACUCAACACCAUGUAUAUAGCUUAGAUGUAGAUGGGUAGUCGGGAGGUAAGUUGCCGAAGGAGGGAAAAAAUCCAGGUUUCUCCGGUUCUCAUAAUUGGUAGGCCAAAAUAUAUACAAGUAAAUUACAUUAAAAUUUUAUUAUCAUGAGGGUUUUUUGUUUUCUCUUUUUGACUGAGAAUUAGCUUUUCAAUAAUUUGGAGGCUAGAAAUUGUUAACAGACGUUUAUCUCC